AGGCUUGCCCCUCUCUGCCCUGCUGAUGGUCUGCAGGCAGACGUGCGGGGAGGAACGCGGCUCCGAUGCGGAGGCAGGAGACAGAGGGAGGGACAGCUCUGAGCAGCAUCACCCGCUUCUCUAUCUACCUCCAUUAAGACACAGCCCACCAUGGGAGGCGUGGCAGUUGACGAGGGCACAGAAGGGGUUAAGGCUCCAGACGGAGGUUGGGGCUGGGCAGUGCUGGCUGGCUGUUUUGUCAUCACAGGCUUCUCCUACGCUUUUCCAAAAGCAGUCAGUGUCUUUUUCAAAGAGUUGAUUCUGGAAUUUGGGGUGGGUUACAGCGACACUGCCUGGAUCUCCUCCAUACUGCUGGCCAUGCUCUAUGGCACAGGCCCUCUUUGCAGUGUGCUGGUGAACCGCUUUGGCUGUCGUCCAGUGAUGAUGGUGGGUGGCCUCUUCGCCUCUCUGGGAAUGAUCCUUGCCUCCUUCUCCACCAGCAUCAUCCACAUCUACCUCUCUACAGGGGUUAUCACAGGUCUGGGGUUAGCCUUGAACUUCCAGCCAUCUCUGAUUAUGCUUAACCGCUACUUCAGCGAGAAACGUCCUCUGGCCAAUGGGCUGUCAGCAGCAGGAAGCCCUGUGGCCCUGUGCUGCCUCUCACCACUGGGCCAGGUCCUUCAGUACCAGUACGGAUGGAGGGGGGGCUUCCUCAUCUUGGGUGGUGUUCUACUCAACUGCUGCGUAUGUGGGGCCCUAAUGAAGCCUCUGGUCGCCCCCAAGACCGUCCAGGCCGAGGACAUGGAACAGGAGGAGGUAAAGAGAACACAGGCAGCAGACAUGAAGAAGCCCAAAGGCAAACUGCUGGACUUCUCUGUCUUCAAAGACUGCGGUUUUGUCAUCUACACUGUAGCGGCAUCCAUCAUGGUGCUGGGGCUGUUUGUGCCUCCAGUGUUUGUUGUGAGCUAUGCUAAGGAGCUGGGGAAUGAGGAUACCAAAUCAGCUCUGCUGCUCACUAUCCUGGGCUUCAUUGACAUUUUUGCACGGCCCACAUGUGGCGUAAUAGCUGGACUGAAAUGGGUGCGGCCUCGUUGCGUCUACUUCUUCAGCUUUGCUUUGAUCUUCAAUGGAGUCACCGAUCUCGUUGGGUCACAGGCCAAGGACUAUGCAUCUCUGGUAGUCUUCUGCAUCUUCUUUGGCAUCUCGUACGGUAUGGUGGGAGCCCUGCAGUUUGAGGUUCUGAUGGCAAUAGUUGGUACUGCAAAGUUCUCCAGUGCCAUAGGCCUGGUUCUGCUCAUGGAGGCCAUUGCUGUGUUGGUGGGGCCACCUGGUGCAGGCCGGCUUCUUGAUGCCACCAAGAACUACAUGUUUGUCUUCUUGCUGGCAGGAAGCGAGGUGGUCCUCUCAGCUGUGGUUCUGGCUACUUGUAACUUCUUUUUUAUCAGAAAGAAUACUUCAGCACCAGAAGACAAGCUCAAGAAUGUCACAGUGCAGGAUGAUGCCAAGACAGACGUGUUCAGUAAAUCUGCAGAGCUUAACAAUGAAGAGGAGAAAGGAGCAAGGGAGGAACAAGAGAAGGACGCUAUGAAGGAGGAAAAAAGGGAAUUGAAAGAGGAGGAUGAGAGAGACAAAGAGAAAGUAGAGGAGGUCAGGCCAGAGAGCAUAACAGUGGACUUGCAGGAAGUGGAAAGGUUCUUGAAAGAACCAGAACAGAAUGGUGACAUGGCUGUGAGUCCUGAAACAUGCCUGUGAGCAGGAAUUGAGGAUGCUGGACAGCAUUGUACUUGAAAGCUAUACACGACAACAGGAUUGGUUAGCUGUGCUUUUCCCGUCAUCCAGUGUGUGCGAGUGUUGUUGCAGGAGGGCAAUCAAUAUCACUGCCAUAGGAAAUUUGUAAGAGUUGUUGUGCAAUAUUUUAUCACUAGAUGUUUAAAAGUGUGGUGUUUAAUACUAGGCAAUAGAUGAACUCAGUUACAGCACUGCCUUGUGUAUACACUUUAUAUCACAAGUCAAAAGUGGCCACCAGCAAAUAAACAUCGGCAAUUUAUAUUUUAUUAACAUUGUCAUUUUUAUUUUUUGCGUCAACAAAUCACAUGGAAAGACCAUAACUACAGAUGGAAACUAGCUUUUAGCUAACAGGUGGUCAGGUGAGCAUGGGGGGAAUCAGGUGACUGGGAAAGGCUGGGUGAGAGGAGCAGCGUGUGAAAUCACAAGAGAGGUUGUGGACAUGGCAAAGGAGGCAGGCAAUGAAUGAAUAAGUGAAAGUAACUGAAUGAGCUCGCAGAAAUGUGUAUUCAUCUUGAGCUGAAAAUAGUUCUCAACAAAUGCACUAUUUACUGAGCCUUUUAUUUAUGUAUUUAUUUUUUAAGGAAAGUAUAUAUUUGUAACCUCUUCUUAAAGAUGAAAAUCUUAAGUGAAAACAAUUGGGCUUGGGGCUGAGUUCCGUACUUCAUGGGGAACUAGAUAAAACAAUCUUGAAAAAAUCUUGAUAAAAAAAAAACCCUUGUUGCAGUUGUUUGAAGGUUUUUGCUGGUCUUGUGUUAAAUUUGUGAUUUCUCCUUAGAUUAUGAGCAGGGCCCAAAUAUUAUCCACAUCUUUGUUAUGGUCUUCAUCGCUGUGUUCUAUUGUCUAUGUGUGUUCUGCUAUCAUAAAAGCACGUCUGAACUGUGA